CCGGUCCUGCCAAUCUCAGGGAGGGGCGGGAUCCGCCUGAGGACCUGGACCAAUUCGGGAGCGGGAUCGGGGCAGGAAGCGGGACUACAAGUGUCUCUCAGAGCACUAGCUUCCAGGCUCCCGGGAUCCAGCGCGGCCGCUCCUUGCACCCGCGACCCCGCAGCCAAACGCAGCUCUCGGCGCCAUGGACCCGGCACUGGCAGCCCAGAUGAGCGAGGCUGUGGCCGAGAAGAUGCUCGAGUACCGGCGAGACACAGCAGGCUGGAAGAUUUGCCGGGAAGGCAAUGGAGUUUCAGUUUCCUGGAGGCCAUCUGUGGAGUUUCCAGGGAACCUGUACCGAGGAGAAGGCAUUGUAUUUGGGACACCAGAGGAGGUGUGGGACUGUGUGAAGCCGGCUGUUGGGGGCCUGCGAGUGAAGUGGGAUGAGAAUGUGAACGGUUUUGAAAUUAUCGAAAGCAUCACUGAUACCCUGUGCGUAAGCAGAACUUCCACCCCCUCGGCUGCCAUGAAGCUCAUUUCUCCCAGGGACUUUGUGGACUUGGUGCUAAUCAAGAGAUAUGAGGAUGGGACUAUCAGUUCUAAUGCCAGCCAUGUGGAACAUCCGUUGUGCCCCCCGAAGCCAGGUUUUGUGAGAGGCUUUAACCAUCCUUGUGGUUGCUUCUGUGAACCUCUUCCAGGGGAACCCACCAAGACCCACCUGGUGACAUUCUUCCAUACCGACCUCAGUGGUUACCUCCCCCAGAACGUGGUGGAAUCCUUCUUCCCCCGCAGUAUGACCCGCUUUUAUGCCAACCUUCAGAAAGCAGUGAAGCAAUUCCAUGACUAAUGCGAUCGUUACUUGUUGGCAAAGAACUCCCGUGACUCAUCGAGGAACUCCAGCUGUUGGGACACCAGGGAGCCUGGGAGCACCCAAAGGCCUAUGUUUCCUCUUUGGAACAAGCUGAUGGACUGUGCUUCUCUGAGAAUGCCAACCAGAGGCAGCAGCCCACCCUUCCUGCCUCCUGCCCCACUCAGGUUUGGCAUGUGAUGAGCCAUUCACAUGCUCCAAACUCCAUCUGCCUGUUGUCCAAACACGCCUCUCCUGGCAGGGUGGACCCAUUCUUCUGACCGUCUGACCAGGACUCGGCCUGGACACCACGUGAGGCACUCUGGCCCCAAUCCUUCCUUUGCCUUUCACUCUCGGAGGUCACGUUUCCCUGACAUAGAGAAUCACCAUCACCACUGAAAACCAGGCCCUGUUGCCUUUUAAGCAUCUACAGCUCCCUCAGUCCUGUGCUGUAGGACUAUAUCAGAAAAAACAUAUUUUUCUGAUAUCGACCUUGUAUAUGGCUUUAAUGCCACAAAAGAUUUUUUUUCCUUAAAACGGUGUUAACUUGGAAAAUAAUGGUUUAAAAACAGGAUAAGCUUAAGGAAAAACAUUUUCAAUGCCUCUUCCAUUUGAAUUUGUCUUUCUUUAUCCCUUCUGAGUGGGCUUUCAUGUCCUUGGUGAAACCAGGCAGUGUGAAUCUGUUUCAGGCCAAAUCUGCAGAGCAGGGAUGAGUUCUCCUUGGGAGUAAUUCUGAACUGAAUGUGGACUCAUGUCUGCAUGGGGAACUUGGGGAGAAGAGCCUUCUUUUUCUUUCCCUUGGGCAUUUGCCUUUUCUUGUCCUCUGUUACAGAGGCAGGAGGUCUGUGUCCUCCAGACCAUCCUGCCAUCAGGAAAGAUGGAAGAGCAAGCCUCCCGCUAGCAGCCCUGGCUGGAAUUCCCCACCUCUAGAUCCUGCUGCAAAACUGCACAAACCCACAGGGGCCAUGUCCACCCCGGCACAUCAUCAGAACCAGGGAGCACAGCCUUGCCACCUGGAAGGGGCCUCAGCAGCCACGCAACUUCCUUUCCCUGUCUCCAAUCCAGAGAAGGAUUCUCUAACAUUCCCUAGCAGCCUCAUCUCACCUCUGCCACCUUCCUUGUAAGAAAGACGUGUCUGAGUAAAAUUCUUCACAUCGCAUUUAAGCAGGUUACUAUUGUGUGCAUGGGCUGUUUUCACAGUGUUCUUGGCCUUUGCUCCUCCAAACAGAAAACAUUUCCCCUGUUACUGUAACUUCCCUGUCUUGGAGUCCUGAGGUGACUGUCUCUUAAAUGUGCCAAGGUGUGAGCACGCCUUAAAACACAACAGCUUAGUGUUAAGGGGGCAGAAGGCUUCUUCCUUCUGUGUUCUAUUGCAACUACAGUUUGUACAAUCAUGCCUAAGAUCGUUUAGCUAACACCCUUUCAAGAAAUCAUCAGACUCUUGGAUUGACCUAGAAUUCAUUCAUUCAUUCAUUAAGUACUCUGUGGCAAGCAGUGUUCUAUACCAACUUCUCAUGAGUUGGUCUGAGUUCAGCUGAUUAUAGGUGUGCUAGCCAAGGAAGCUUUUAUGCCUUCCUCCUCUGAGCUCCAUACUCUGAAGUGGUUUUACUAAGAUGGGACUGCCUUGUCCAACCCUGUGUAGCCAAGUAGAAGGCCGGCCAACCAAGAGCGCAUCUCACUGGGCCUGUGGGGCACACUGUGCCUGCACUGCUCCUCCAUGUGACCGCGUUAGGGUAGACUGGUCUGAGUCCUAGGUCAGGAGCCAGAAAACAUGCACCUAGUCCAAGCUCUGUCACGUGGGCUGAGUGUGCACUUGAGCAGUCAAUGCAUCUGCUUUGGUUUGUCUUUGAAAGAAAAUGUGGAGGCAGUAGUACCAGUCUCGGUGUAGCCUGCUUCUUGCAUGUUGACACAAGUGAGAUAAUGUAUGAAUCAGUAAGAUGUUUGGCAAGGCAAAGAAUUAGGGCUGCCUGGGAGAGACCCAGGAGUAGAUUCCUUUUCAUGGAAAGUUAAGACAACUUCACAGUUGUUAGUUGUGAUGGCUGCAGUGUUUGAGGAUGACAUUGCGCUCAUCCUGUCAGCUCUGAAGAAGUUGGCUGACUAAGCCUCAAGUGUAAAUCCCAGCAUCAUGGAGUGCAAAUGGAUGAGCUUUUGUUUUAGGACCUUUUGCUGAUUCCUACCCUGAAGACCUCCUCAGCCUUGAGACCAGAAACCUGGGCAGUACUUGUGUCUUCACUGGACUUAGGAGUUGUGUCUCCUUGGGGAGGAGAGGACCUUCUAAAACUGGCCAAGACAAGAGGUACUGGGAGGGCCAUGGGCUCCGCUCCAUCUAUCCCUAGUCCUCAGAUAACCUCUGUGCCACUCAUUCACUUGCUUUGCCUGGUCUCCAGGAGUCUCGUGGUGUCACGGCCCACGGCCAGCUCCGUGCUCAUCCCUGUCCCCACCUGUUUCAUCACUUGGCUGCUUGAUAAGACUUAGAACAAUUCCGAUUUUGGGGAAGGCCACUGUUUGUACAGGCAAGGAAAGUGCCCUCCACAUCACGUGGCCUCCUUGUCCAGCCCUGGUCAUGGGGAGGGAGUGUUGAAUCGAAUCACAUCUCUCGUUGGUAGACCAUGUCCAUCUUCAGUGUUUCUAUUAAAUUUAAAAAGAUACGAAUGGUAA